AUGGUGGGAAGACAGACGCUCCGAAUGGACAGCGGCACUUGCUCCGGGACGGUGGCGGACGAAAGCCCCGCGUCGAGUCCCAGCUCCAGCCCCAGUCCGGACGGUGGUCGCCGGGAGCUCCAGCGGGCCAGGGGGCUCCAGGGGGCCAGGGAGCUCCAGGGGGGCUGCAGCAGCGGCCUCGGGGGCAGGGGGCGGCCGGCGGCGGCGAACGCGGCCCGGGAGAGGAGCCGCGUACAGACGCUGAGGACCGCGUUCCUGGAGCUGCAGAGGACUUUGCCCUCGGUGCCGCCGGACACCAAGCUGUCCAAACUCGACGUGUUGAUACUGGCCACCACAUAUAUUGCCCAUUUGACUCGGACACUGCAGGAGGAAGGUGCGGAGGAGGGAGAGAGCACAAAACAAACAGAGGCGUUACGCUCAUUGAAGGGAGAUGGCUACCUGCACCCUGUGAAGAAAUGGCCGAUGCGCUCCAGACUGUACGUCGGUGCCUCCGGACAGUUCCUGAACAACACACACUCCUCAGAGUCAGAGAACCAAGGUCCAUCAUCGUCCACCUCCAAGAAAUAA